UCGUGUGUCGAUUACAAUUGUGUGGGGGGUAAUGUUUUACUGGUUCAAGAGUACGAGUUCAGUGCAGUCCGUCCCUUGAUAUUGUCCCGUAAAUAUCGCUCGUUGUUGGAGUAAUUUAAUUUUUACGCUCAAGUGAAAACGUGCGGUACUACUCUCUUGCAGAAAUAUUACUCUGGAGUAAUUAUUUUAUAACAUGUCGGCAAUACAGCCACUGUCGAACGGACUCCUGAAUGGGUUCGCGCACGACGAGAAGGUGCUUCCCAUGGCUGACGACGAUGGCUAUUUGUCACCGAGUUCAACGGGAAGAGAUGGGCCUAAUCAGAUCCUCGUGGCAGACAUGGACACAACCCACGAGCCGAAUGGACGAGUCAGGAUUAAAAAAAAUCCGGACGAGGGACAAUCUGACGUUUUAUCAGUGCCCGGCCUGUUGAUGAGAGUGGCCAAGAAGCACCCGGAUCGUCCAGCUUUAGUGACAUGUCCCCAAGUCGAUGGUGCACGUAAAACGUGGACGUACAGGGACUACGAGCGAGACGUGAGGACAGUCGCCAAGGCAUUUUUGAAGUUGGGAUUGCAGAGACAUCAUAGCGUCGCAAUUUUGGGAUUCAACAGCCCUCAGUGGUUCAUCGCAGACAUGGCUGCUAUCUACGCGGGGGGAUUCGCUGCUGGAAUUUACACUACAAAUUCAGCAGACGCUUGUCAGUACUGUGCUGACCAUAGUCGUGCUAAUAUAGUUGUCGUGGAGGAUCAUAAACAGUUGGAGAAAAUAUUGAGUGUCAAGCAUACAUUACCGCACUUGAAGGCAAUUAUUCAGUACGAGGGGUCACCAAAAGAUAAGAGCGUACUAAGUUGGAAUGACGUACUUGCACUUGGAAAAGCCGAGUCGGACGAUAAGUUAGAAGCAGUAUUGAAGACCCUCGGUGUCAAUGAAUGCUGCACACUAGUCUACACGUCAGGUACUGUGGGUCGUCCCAAAGCUGUUAUGCUAAGUCAUGAUAAUUUAAUUCAUGAUGCAAUGUUGAUAAGAGAUGCAGUACCUAAGUCUAAUGAGAUAGAAACUGUAGUCAGCUAUUUGCCUCUCUCUCACGUUGCUGCUCAGGUUAUUGAAAUAUUCACGAGUCUGUGGAUGGAAGCAACGGUUUACUUCGCUGACAAAAAUGCAUUGAAGGGAAGUUUGGUGGAGACACUGGUAUACGCAAGGCCUACAGCAUUCCUCGGUGUACCCAGAGUCUGGGAGAAAAUCUACGAGAAGAUGAUGGUGGUGGCCCGCAACAAUGGGCCCAUUAAAACGUGGAUUGCCACAUGGGCGAAAAAUCAGGGACUCAACUACAACAUGAAUAAGAUGAAUGGUGUUGAUUACAAAAGUUGGGGAUACUUGAUUGCUAAGUGGCUCGUGUUUAAUAAGAUCAAAGCCACGCUGGGCUUGGACAGGUGUGGUAUGUUCGUCACAGCUGCUGCACCACUCAGUAUUGAAAUUAAAAAAUAUUUCAUGAGCCUCGAUAUACCUAUUAUGGAUGCUUUCGGGAUGUCCGAGUGCGCUGGAGCUCAUACACUGAAUUUGAACGAUAAUUACAGAUUGGGGAGUGUUGGGAAAUUCUUGAAGGGUUGCAAGACGAAAUUGGAUAAUCCUGAUAAUACAGGAGAGGGGGAGAUAUGCAUGCUUGGCCGACACGUCUUCAUGGGAUAUCUGGGGGAACCGGAGAAGACGAGGGAAGCUAAGGAUGAUCAGAACUGGCUGCAUAGUGGGGAUUUGGGAAGGCUCGAUGGCCAAGGAUUCUUAUACAUUACAGGAAGGAUAAAAGAAUUGAUCAUCACUGCUGGCGGUGAAAAUAUUCCCCCUGUUCAGAUUGAACAGGCACUAUUGAAGGAAUUACCAGCACUAAGUAAUGCAAUGCUCAUUGGGGAUAUGAAGAAAUAUUUGACGAUAUUGGUGACCCUCAAGACGAAUAUGAAUCCUGACACUGGUGGACCUCUAGAUAGCCUUUUUCCUUCAACAAGGUCUUGGGCCAAAUCUCUCGGCAGUAAAGCCACUACAGUCUCAGAAAUAAUUCGCACGCGAGACCCGGCAAUUUACCAAGCCAUUGAGAAAGCAAUAGAACGGAUGAAUCUUCAGGCGACGAGUAAUGCCCAGAGGGUCCAGAAAUUCACGAUUCUCCCACAUGAUUUCUCCAUUCCUACUGGUGAAUUGGGCCCUACUCUUAAACUGAAAAGGGGUACUGUUAUGAAACAGUACGAGGAUUUCAUUGAGGAGAUGUACAAGUAAUGGAUUAAUUGAAAUGAAUUAUUAUAUCAUCACAUAAUCAGCUCACGUGGCGGAAGACGUUGGGUUGGAUUAGGUGGGGUACUUUGGCCUAGUGUCUGCAAUUCAUGCCCAAGGAACAGCCAAAAAUUAUUAUUUAACUAUCUGUUAGUGGUAAAUUUGUUUGGAAUGACUGAGGUAUUCGGUUUUUCUUGCAGCAAAAAAUUCCAUUGAAAAAUUUUGUGAAUUCGCUGAUACAAUCUGCUGAAUUUUUGGUGAAGUUAUUCGCUUUCAAUCAGAAUGUUCCAUUGAAAGAAUGUCAAAAAUGAGUUCACUGAUUUUUUUUAGUUGAGAACCUGUAAUUGAGAGUUUUUUUAUGAAACUAAUAGACUUUUUCUGCGAAUUCGCUCAUUUUUCCUUUAAAUUUUUGUUGUGCCUGCACUGUACACAACAGAGUCGUUGAAUUAUUUCGAGAAAAUUCGAUGCUGAACAAGUCUCUAAUUACGAUCGAAUCCCGAAAAAAACUCAGCAAAAUUAUGAUUUAAAAUUAGGAUAGCUUUUCAUACUGUGUAAAUUACUGGGGAGAAGUGUAAAUACAGAGAAUUAUUUGUAAUUCUCUGACCAAUCGAAACGUAUGGCAAAAACAUGAGAGUAAUGGUCCUGGUUUUUCAUUGUAAAUGAAACAUAGAAUUUUUUUGUUAAAAUGAUGAUUUAUGGCGUAUGGAUACUUAAGUAAUAACACUAAGAAAGUGCCUUUCAACAGCUGAAUUAUAAAAAUAGUUGAGGAAUUGUGAAUUAUUCUUGUUCUAGAAUAAUUUUGAGUGAACAGACCAAUGCAUAAUGAAAUGGAUCUUCAGUUAUACCGAGAAUUGAUUAGAAUUAAUUAAUUAAUUCAAGAUAAAGGUACUUAUCCUUUUGAAAUUAGGGAAAAUUAAAUGACGAAUGAGGAAUUUUUUUUCACUUUCGAUUUGGUAAAAUAAUUGAUGAAACGUGAUAUAUGUAUUUGUCAUUAAUUAUUAGAAAAAAAAUACAUAACGUCCCAUUGAAUAUCACAAUAUCUACGUAAAUACGUCGCAAUUGAGGUGCAUGGAAUAUACUGGUAGUUAAUUAUGGUUUUGCUGUAGAAAAAUUGAGACAAUUAUAUUGACAGGGUGACAAUAAACACGAUUUAUGUUAUUGGUUUAUUUUAAUUUAGCGGAGGUAACAGGCACUUUUUGUAUUUGCCAUAAUCGAGCGGUGGAAAGUUGAUUAUAAUGUAAUAUUUAUAAUAAAAAACAUGCAACAUGA